AUCAUUACUCUCUCUCUCUCUCUCUCUCUCUCUCUCUCUGUGGAACGUAGCAUUAUCUCUCUCCCGAUCAAUGGCGAGUGGAUUGCUCCGACGGGCGAUAUCUAGGGUUCCUGCUGCGUCGUCGGCGGCGAGAGUUGUUGUAUUCCGGGCCCACGCCUCGGAGGCCCAGGCCCAACAGGUGGAGCCCAAGGCGACGUCCAAUUCCACCCCGAAGACCUUCCAAAUCUACCGAUGGAACCCGGACUCUCCCAACAAACCGGAGCUCCAGGACUACGAGAUUGACCUCAAGGACUGCGGACCGAUGAUCCUGGACGCCUUAAUCAAGAUAAAAAACGAGAUCGAUCCCACCCUGACCUUCCGACGCUCCUGCCGUGAGGGAAUCUGCGGUUCGUGCGCUAUGAACAUCGACGGCCGGAACGGUUUAGCUUGUCUGACGAAAAUUCCCCCGGGUGGGCCUACUAUGAUUACUCCUCUUCCGCAUAUGUUCGUGAUUAAGGAUUUGGUCGUGGAUAUGACGAAUUUCUACAACCAGUAUAAGUCGAUUGAGCCGUGGUUGAAGAGGAAGAGCCCGCCGGAGACUCCUGGGAAGGAGAUUCUGCAGAGCAAGGAGGAUAGGAAGAAGCUUGAUGGGAUGUACGAAUGCAUUCUCUGCGCCUGCUGUAGUACAUCUUGUCCUAGCUACUGGUGGAACCCGGAGUCUUAUUUGGGUCCCGCUGCGCUUUUGCACGCGAAUAGGUGGAUAAUGGACAGUCGUGAUGAAUACACAAAGGAGCGCCUUGACGCCAUAAAUGAUGAGUUCAAGCUGUAUCGCUGCCAUACCAUUUUGAAUUGUGCUAAAGCUUGCCCCAAGGGACUGAAUCCUGGGAUGCAAAUCCAAAAUAUCAAGAAACUCGAACUGAGUUCCUAAAUUUCCUAGAAUAUUGAAGAAUGCACUUUGUUUGCAAGAUUGUUUUGAAGUACUCACAGUAUUAUGGGAGAAUAAUGUUAUUACUGGUUGUAAUUUUUGCAAAUUCUAUAGCAUUUGUACCUUGUAGAAGGUCCUAUUUUGAAAAUAAUGCAUUAACUGAGCUUUCUUUUCC